AUGUGCAAUUCUUUUGUUGGCGCACGAUUCUUCGGUUGUAUUUUGAAUCUGUGGCUUUUACCAAUCGUAUGCUCUAUUGGUAAGUUAGCUUAACUCCAGAAACUUAUAAGUAAUAACACAAAAGGCUUUCUUCUAGGACUCGCAUUGAAUAUCGGAUGUCUUAUUGUAUUUUUCAAAACGCGAGGUCACCCUUUAGUUCCGGUAAGUUCCUCCAAAAAAUCUUUAUUUUCAUUUAAAAAAAAACGUUUUUGCAGGCUCUAAUAUUCCUAUCAUUCUGUGAUUGUUUCCAAUUAUUUUUCUCAUUUCUAGUCCUUUUUCUACCUGCAUUUCAUGAAUUUUCAGAUCAAUCUGAAUUCUCGACCAUAGGUAUUUUUUUAUUAUUGAAAACAUUAACUAAUUAAUUAAUUAAUUUCAGGUCAACUAGCUUAUUUAUCAACCGGUCUUUUGUCUCCACUUUUAUUAGCUUUCAAUUGUGCCAGCAUUUGGACGAUUUGUUUUAUUUCUAUACAGAGACAUAGAGUAACUUGUUUUGUCUACUCAAUUUUUUUUUCAAAUCUUGAAUUUAUCAGGCAAUAAUUCGUCCGUUAUCAAAUAUGUAUAAUCCAUCAAAACCAUUCAAACCAUUAUUAUUUAUCGCAUUUUUGGCAUUGGUAUUCAAUUCUUGUAAAUGGGCUGAAUUUCAUUGGUUUUGGGAUGAAAACCAAAAUGAAAAUGCGACAGAUCAUAGGUGGAUUCUAGCGCAUGAAAUGUCGGAUUUGGCGAAUAAUGAACAUUAUCAUAGAGUGGUUAGUUGAUUUUGACUAGGGGAAAAUUUUGGAGACUUAGGAUCAAACGCUUCAAAAUUCUUUAUCCAAAAAAAUAUUCAGAACAUUUUGGAAAUCUGAAUUUGGGAAUAUAUGAAGUUUGGACAGCUAAAAAUUGUGAAAGUCUAAUUUCGAUAACAUUUUUUUAAAAAUUAUUUUUAUUCACUGGAGAAGUGAUUUUUUGGGUGCUCCAAAAAUUAUUCAGCAUUCGAGGUUUUUUUUCAAAAUUUUAUGUUUCAGAAAAUUCAGAAGCAGCUAUACAAAUACUAUAACAAGAUUCAAAUUCGAAAAUAUUCCAUGUUGAAUUUAGGUGGUUUUUCAAAGAUCAUUUGUUCUGUUUUCAGCGAAAAAUUUAGAAAAUUCAAUUAAUCAUUGACCCACAUUUUUUCAGCUUUUCUGAAUUAUUUGAUCAUUGAUUUCUGGGAAAAUAUCAUUAACCAUGAGAUUUAGGUUAGAUUUCUGACAAGUUUACUUUCCUAGAUUAAUUUUUCUGAAUUUUUAUAGUAAGCUGUGAAAAUAUGGGAUAAGAAAUUAUAAAGAAUUAAAAUCAAACAAUGAUUUUCAGCUCGAUAAUUUGUUAUACCCAUUAAUGGUAUAUUUAAUACCUCUUCUUCUUCUAUCAGUUCUCAAUUUUCGAAUUCUGACAAAUAUUUCGAAUCGCCGUGUUAGUUUCGACCACAAAUCUCGAUUUGCUCAAGAAAGACGAUCUGUCACUUUACUGAUUUCAAUCGUAACAAUGUUUUUUCUUUGUCAUACUGGCGGAUUAGCAAUUCGAUUUGUGGAUCAAGAAAAAUAUGCAACUUCGGAUAUGUUUGUACUUCUCAAAGAUGUUAUUAAUUUGUUAUUCAAUAUUUAUUCAUUUACUAAUCCUUUGGUGAGAUUUUUGAUGAUUUAAAAAUGGGGAAAGGAGAUUUAAAUAUAAGUAAUGUAGGUUUCAAAGGGGUUUUAUAGGGGCUCAAAAUUUUUGAAAAAAUCAAAAUUCAAUUUAUGUUUGAAUUACAGUAACCCAAAUUCUUUCUGGUCUCAAAAAACGUGGGAUUUUAGAAAUAAUUCUCAGAGUUCAGAAUUUAAAUUGAAUAAGUACUUUGAAUUUUUUCACGUGACCUAUAUAUUUUUGACGUGGAAUUUUAGAAAUAAUUUCUAAAAAUCUAGUAUUUUCUAAAUGACCAAUUUUUGUAACUAAACUUCGCGAAACUCGGAAAAAAUCAAUAAAUUUUCAGUUAUAUUUUGUGUUUACUCGCCAAUUUCGAGAUCUUCGAACAAUGUGGCAUUCACAUUUUGCAUCGCCUGCGUCUCGAACAGAAAGUUAUGCGAUUACUGUAUGUUUUAAACUUUGAGCUUCUCCUUUUUCAAAAAUAAUAUGAUUUUCAGAAUGCUCCACCUGCCAAACGACAUUUAUCGAUUCCAUCAAUCUACCGUACUCCAUGUACAAGUGGUAAAUUGUUAUCAUAA